CUGAAGAUGAACUUGUUGUAGAUUUAACAGAUGAUAUUGAUGGUGAUAUGUUCACUGAUGCAAAAGAUAAUAACAAUGCAUUGGCCGGUAUAAAGAACGAUAAUAAUGUAUUGAUCAGUGCAAAAGAUGAUAAUAAAGUAUUGGUCGGUACAAAGGGUAAUAAUAAUGCAUUAGUUGGUACAAAGGAUGAUAAUAAUACAUUUAUUGAUGCAAGAGAUGAUGAUUUAUUAGCUAAAGGUGAUUCAGAAACAGGCUUUUUAGAUGAUUGGGAUGUUGAAAUAAAUAUGUAG